CCGCCCAGGGGGAGGUGCGUUUCCCGGCUCCGGAUAGGUCGACAUGUCUAACAACCUCCGAGACAAGUCUAACAACCGCGGUGCACUUGUCAUUUCCGGGUAAGAUGGCCGCAGUGCGAGUGCUGGGAACCUGGAGCCGGAAUGCUGGGCGGCUGAUUUGUGUUCGCUACUUUCAAACCUGUAGUAAUGUUCAUGUUUUGAAGCCAAAAUAUGUGUGUUUCUUUGGUUAUCCUUCAUUCAAGUAUAGUCAUCCACAUCAGUUGCUGAAAACAACUGCUGCUCUGCAGGGACAAGUUGUUCAAUUCAAACUCUCAGACAUUGGAGAAGGGAUUAGAGAAGUAACUAUUAAAGAAUGGUAUGUAAAAGAAGGAGAUACAGUGUCUCAGUUUGAUAGCAUCUGUGAAGUUCAAAGUGAUAAAGCUUCUGUUACUAUCACUAGUCGUUAUGAUGGAGUCAUUAAAAAACUGUAUUAUAAUCUAGACGAUAUUGCCUAUGUGGGAAAGCCAUUAGUAGACAUAGAAACGGAAGCUUUAAAAGAUUCAGAAGAAGAUGUUGUUGAAACUCCUGCUGUGUCCCAUGAUGAACACACACACCAAGAGAUAAAGGGCCAGAAAACACUGGCCACCCCUGCAGUUCGCCGCCUAGCAAUGGAAAACAAUAUUAAGCUGAGUGAAGUUGUUGGCUCAGGAAAAGAUGGCAGAAUACUUAAAGAAGAUAUUCUCAACUAUUUGGAAAAGCAGACUGGAGCUAUAUUACCUCCUUCACCAAAAGCUGAAAUCGUGCCACCUCCACCGAAACCAAAAGACAGAACUAUUCCCAUACCAAUAUCAAAGCCUCCAGUAUUCACAGGCAAAGACAAAACAGAACCCAUAAAAGGCUUUCAUAAAGCAAUGGUCAAGACCAUGUCUAUAGCCCUGAAGAUACCUCACUUUGGGUAUUGUGAUGAGGUUGACCUUACUGAACUGGUUAAGUUACGAGAAGAAUUAAAACCCAUUGCUUUUGCCCGUGGAAUUAAACUCUCCUUUUUGCCCUUUUUCUUAAAGGCUGCUUCCUUGGGACUACUACAGUUUCCUAUCCUUAAUGCUUCUGUGGAUGAAAACUGCCAGAACAUAACAUAUAAGGCUUCUCACAACAUUGGGAUAGCAAUGGAUACUGAGCAGGGGUUGAUUGUCCCUAAUGUGAAAAACGUUCAGAUCUGCUCUAUAUUUGAGAUCGCCACUGAGUUGAACCGCCUUCAGAAAUUGGGCUCUGCAGGUCAGCUCAGUACCACUGACCUUACAGGAGGAACAUUUACCCUUUCCAACAUCGGAUCAAUUGGUGGGACCUAUGCCAAACCAGUGAUACUGCCACCCGAAGUAGCAAUUGGGGCUCUCGGAUCCAUCAAGGUCCUUCCCCGAUUUAACGAGAAAGGAGAAGUGUUUAAGGCACAGAUAAUGAACGUGAGCUGGUCAGCUGAUCACAGAAUUAUCGAUGGUGCUACAAUGUCACGCUUCUCUAAUUUGUGGAAAUCCUACUUAGAGAACCCAGCUUUUAUGCUCCUAGAUCUGAAAUGAAGAGUAUAAGACAUCACUGAACUUUUUCAGCGUCCAAAGAACAUGUAGAGCCUUGCUGCACAGCACACGUUCUUCAUUACAAUUUGUAUUAUAAAUGAUUUGUAUUGUGUGAUUCAGGUUCCCAGGCACAAUAUUUAUCUCUGUUCUGUUAGACAUUUUACAGAAAAUGAAUAACGGUAUAAUAGUUCUCCCAGGGCUGUCACAUUUUGUAGGUCAUAGUGUGACUUCUUACUAUGGUGCUGAGGUCUUUGUGUCCAUGGACUGAAACUAGGAAGAACAACGAAAUUAACGUUACUAAAAGACAGAUUGCAAUAUCUGGUAUUUACCCUAUUUUUUUUUUCUUUUCCUCUUUUAAUUUUAGAUUGCCCCUUAAUGAAACUUUUCAAUUACACUUAGUUGGGAAAUGGAAUUUACACACAAAAGUAUCUUUCAUUUCCCCACAAUAAUGCUAACUGUUGUAUAAAAAAGUGCAAUUAUACUUAAACUUUUAAGAUAUCCACGGUUAUGUUGCUUUGUAGAGAUUAUCUGUAAAUGUCUUGUUUAUAUAAACUAAUAUCUUUUAAAAGAGAAAAUUAUAAGCUAAUCUUAAAAAUGCCCAAUUAUAGGGGUGCUUGGCUGGCUCAGUCAGAAAAGCAUGUGACUCCUGAUCUUGAGGUCAUGAGUUUAAGCCCCACCUUGGGCAUAGAGCUUAUUUAAAAAAAAAAAAAAAAAAAAUCCCAGUUAUAGUUUUAUAACCAGUAAGGCUAUCAAAAGUGUUUGCUUAAAAUGAAUAUUCUUUUAGAAUUGGUAACUUUUUGGUGUGUUGUUAGGAAAAAAACCACCUCUGCACACUUGCCUCAUGUAAGAGAAGUGCUUUAAAUGUAGCAGCCGCUGACAUUGUCUUACAUUUAGAAGUCCAUUGCCUUUUAACUAUUUUUUAUCUUUCUUGUCUUCAGCUAAAACAUAGAAUAGAAUAAGAAAUUAAGAUGUAUUCCAUUCUCCAUAUCCUAAGAUGGAAUGUGCAUAACAAGAGAGAGAAGAGUCUCAUGAGUAAUUAUGGACAUUAAAAUAAUGAAUCUCAUACAGAAAUGAAAGUAUCAUAAUGAUCAUUUUGUAAGAGGCCCACUUUAAUCAGAAAUAGCAUCAAGGUGAAUAUAAUCCAAUGUUUUGAUUUGCAUUCAGAAAUCCAGUUUGCUUCUAAUGUUUUCUAAUUGAUUACUAUAUGUUCAAGUGAAAUUUUGUGAGAAAAAAAGUUGUUUUAAAUCUGCUUGAUUUUUUUCAAAAUGAAAAUGACCUGUAGAUUAGAAAAUAAUGGAUCAAAUGAAUGUUAUUAUUUUUUAAAUUUAGGUAGUACAAAGAGUCAAAAAGAAAAUAAAAUCAUCCAUGAUCAUACCACUAUUAACAUUUUGAUCAAGGUAUCUGUAUACAUAGCUAUUCUUUUUAUAAAAAUGAGAUCAUGCUUUAUCUACUAUUUUAUAAUUUGAUUUUUUAAUUUAACAUUAUAUCACAAGUAACUUGACAUGUCAAUAAACGAUUCUACAUUAUCAUA